AUGGCUUCGGGUUACGACAGAGCUCUUUCUGGUAUUCCCGAUGGACACGUUUUCCAGGUCGAAUAUGCCGGCGAAGCAGUAAAGAGAGGAACGUGCGCCGUUGGCGUCAAGGGCAGCGACAUUGUGGUGCUCGGCUGCGAGAAGCGGUCCGCCAUGAAGCUGCAAGACACCCGCAUCACCCCGUCCAAGAUCGGCCUGCUCGACACCCACGCCUGCCUGGCCUUUGCCGGCCUCAACGCCGACGCGCGCAUCCUGCUCGACAAGGCCCGGUUAGAGGCCCAGUCGCACCGCCUGACCGUCGAGGACCCCGUCACCAUCGAGUACAUUACCAAAUACAUUGCCGGUGUGCAGCAGCGGUACACGCAGAGCGGCGGUGUGCGGCCGUUUGGCAUCAGCACGCUGAUUGUGGGCUUCGACAAGGGCAGCAAGGUCCCGCGUCUCUACCAGACCGAACCCUCGGGCAUCUACUCUGCAUGGCGGGCAAACGCGAUCGGCCGCUCGAGCAAGACGGUGCGCGAAUUCCUCGAGCGCAACUACAAGGAGGACAUGGACCGUGAGCAGACGAUCCAGCUCGCUAUCAAGUCGCUGCUGGAAGUGGUGCAGACCGGCGCCAAGAACAUUGAGAUUGCCAUCAUGGCCCCGGGCAAGCCUAUGGAGCUGCUGCCGGUCGAGGACAUUGAGAACCAUGUAAAGAACAUCGAGCAGGAGAAGCAGGAGGAGGCGGCCAAGAAGAAGGGUGGCCGGUCAGGCGCCGGCGGCAGCAGCACGGCCACGACCAGCGCCGCUAUCCCGACACGGGGGGCAGCCGAGGACCAGGGCGAUUCAGACUAG